CACUUCUCUCAUAUUGUUUCCAAAAUUCCUAAAGCUUUCCAUUUUACACUCCUGAUAUCUCAUUCCGAUAAAGAAAUUAUCACAUUUCCCCUGAGUUGAAGAUUAAUUUUACAUAUCCUAAAAGUUAAUUUCUUUCGAAAUCCAUACCAUUACCACCGAUGGAGAAGCUACAAAAGAUGGUCUCCGAGAAACCUGUGGUGAUCUUCAGUAAGAACUCGUGCUGCAUGUCUCACUCAAUCAAGACUCUCUUCGUCAACUUUGGCGUGAACCCAACGAUCUAUGAGUUAGACGAAAUCACCAGAGGAAAGGAGAUAGAACAUGCACUCGCUCAGCUAGGCUGCAGCCCGACUGUGCCGGUGGUGUUCAUAGGAGGGCAGCUCGUUGGUGGAGCCAAUCAAGUUAUGAGUCUUCAUCUUAAUCGCUCUCUUAUCCCAAUGCUUAAAAGCGUUGGAGCGUUAUGGGUUUAGUAAUAAUUAAACACACACACAUACAAAUCCCAUCAAGUCUGCACGUACGUAGCGUAAGUACGUACUACGUACCUUGCUCAUUAUUCUAAUGUUUUGUAAGAAUAAUAAAAAAAAUAAAAAAUAUAUAUAUAUAUUGUAGAUUUUCAGGCAUAGAAUAUGAGAGGUUGCCAAUUUUUAUAUCGUGAGUAUCGCAAUUAAUAAAAUAAGUUUGAGUUCAGUUUAUCAUUUUUGAAGGCAUCUCGUUUCUGUAUGAAACAUUGUUUUACAAAAUUGUAUGACUGUGUUCAGUCGUAAUUAGCAUAGAACCAAAUCCUAAUUAAUAUGGUUUACAUAAAUUAGCUGAUUUCAUACCCCAAAAUAAAACUAUCCAGUUACAACUUUACCAUUGAACCACCAAUUAACCAAUAAUACCAUACUCCAACCCUUAACUUAAGCAUGUCAUCUUAACAUUUUUAUCAAAAAACUUAAGCAUGUCAUCGAACCGCAUCCUAAUAUGGUGUACACAUUCAAAAAAGACUAAUAGUUAAUAACACGAUGAACCUUUAGACAGUAUUUAAAUACAAUAAAAUUCAUUGGAAUCCGAGAUCGGAGAUGUGACAACCCAUCCCGCUCACUCGGAAUCCGGCUCACAGCCCUGCAGGACACCGAUCCCAAUCCCUCCACUAUGAGUUCUCUCUGACU